AUGUUCAAUUCUAAUAGAUCAUUAGGAGAAGGAGAUUUGAGAAAAUUACUGAAGAUUUAUCGCACAGAGAUUUCAAUGGCAGUGGAUGAUGUCUUCCCAUUACUUCAUGGGCUUGCUGAUCAUGAAGUUGUCACUGAAGAGAUGUUCAAGGACACUCUCCACCUGAAGGAAACUGAAGGUUGCCACAAGGCCUUUUACACCAUGUUGACAUGGCUGCUGAAUCAGGAUUUAUCUUCCAUCAAAGAUUUCUGGAUGGUCCUUUUCAAAGAGUACAACCUGGAGAGGUAUUCCAAGCUCCAGUCCAUUUGGAGCAGCUUUCCUAAAGGGUCCUUUCCUAAAGCAAAAGCUGUGAGGAAAUUAGAGAAUGCUGAGGUACAACAUUACCCACUUCCAAAUGGCAAUGCUAAGAAAUUUGUUAAAGUUGGGGAUGAAUGUUAUACAUCAUGCACAUCGGAAGAACUUGGAGAGAAUAAAGCUUAUGAAAUGAAGCCCAGCAUGAAUAACAAAGAACUCCAGGUUUCUGAAUAUAAGAACGAUGAUGAAUGUGCCAUCUGUAAGGAUGGUGGAGAGCUGAUCUGUUGUGAUGGAUGCCCUAAGGCUUUUCAUCUUGGCUGCCUUAUACCACCACUGACAGAGAUUCCAAGUGGGACAUGGAGGUGUGAUUCCUGUCUCUCAGCCCUGGGAAGGAAGCAGUGGGAAACGGCU